AUGGAUACAGAGAAGCUACUGGGGAAAUAUAUAGAAAACCAAUAUGGUUUGCUCGAAAAAUUAGUCUCCGAAGGGCGUUUUAGUAAAUGUUGCGAAGUUAUUAGAGCGGUUUCAUUCGACAAGGAUGUGAUAUCAAAUAUAUUCUCAAAUGUAUUAAAUGCCUCAAUUAAAGAGUUGGAAUAUGGUGUUCAGACAGAUGGUUAUAACUAUGCGAAAAGCCCACUAGGUGACUUAGCGGAACUAGUAAGUUUAUUACCAGACAUAAUUCCCGAUAUCAAUAGUCGAAUUAUGAAAUGGAUUACAGAAUAUAUCAAUAUUCACCGCAAACUUGGUGAAUUCGAACAGCUAGAAACAAAUUUUGACGAAAAUUCAAGUUUUAGUCAUUCAGAUGUGCUAAAUAUUGAUGUUGUUUUUGAUUUCAUUUCCGCUGUAGCUUUAAAUCAGUCCAACGAAGAAAAUGCUUCUGAUAUAUAUCACAAGAUUUUGGGUUCAUGGCAACUUCAGAAGCUGUUAGUUAUGCUUCUUGGCUCACAUGAUGAGGUUAUCUCGAACAAGGCCUCGGUAUUAUUUAGAUGGAAUAUGAAUAUGGUUUGUGUGAACUGUGAAAAGGAUCCUAAAUUCGAUGAUUUUGUUUGGAAAUCUAUAGCUUUGUAUUUGAAAAGCAAUGAGAAGUGGCAGUGGGUUUUCCGUAAUGCCGUGAAAUUUCAGCUACGAUUCUUGAUGGAAAAGAAGAUGUCGCCAUGUUUUUUGGCGUAUAUCUCAAGAGAAGAAUAUUGGAAGGAUUUGCUAACUAUUCUUGCUAGCAAUAUCCACGAGUACAGAAAACUUGGUUUAUCUAUUUUCAAAGCAACCUUACAAGAAAUACCAGGAGAUUUUUCCUUUUCUAAUCCGACUUUUACCUGGGGCAAGGAAAACCAGGCGAAGCGUUUAGAAGCUUGGACGAAGUUCAUUACAUUUUACGAAAUAAUUGCUCUGGAUACGGCACUGAACCAAUUGGAGGCUGCAUAUAAUGACAUUUUGAAUUUCUUUGACAGCAAAUUCAUUCCCCCCUCGUGGGGGAUUGUGGUUUUGUCAACUGGACUUAAAGCUUCCAUGGAGUCAGUCAGAAAGUAUACUUUAAAGCUGAUGUUUCAAGUAAAAAAUAGGUAUGUUUUUACUGUAGAUCUCAAUGCACUAAGGCGUACCUUUUUGCCUGCAGCUAUGCAAGCUCAUAACUUUGUUGUUGUGAAUGAAAAAUGUCCAUAUGGUGAACAACUCUCAAGAUUCAUUUACGAAGUUUUGCUGACAGAUACAGUAGAAUGUACUCUUCGUGAAAAGAUGUCAACUAUUUUAGCACUAUUUUGGGAAGACAGACCGCCAUUUGAUCCUUCUAUUAUUUAUGUCGCGUAUGGCUGUUUAUUAGCCUUAAGAGACCAUGAUAGAUUUAUUAUAGAAGAAACUCAUCUGGAGAUGAUCCAAAAAAUACUAACUAUGGAUGCUGAAGAAGCACUGUUUAACUUCACCUUAAAGGCCAUAUGGCUCGAAGUUGCUACGCUUGCCGAUUGGAGUAAAGUAAGAAUCUCAAAAUUACUUAAAAUCUAUGCUCUUCAUGUUUCAGAACAUGGGUAUGAUUUAAUUAUUCCUUUGAUUAAAAAAUACAAGAAUAAGUUUCCUUGCUAUAAUGAAGAACUGACUAGAGGGUGCAAUGAGGUUCUACUGUACUUGAUAUAUGGCAUAGCACCAAAAGCUGUGAAAGAUAUGUUCUUGUUUGAACUUGCUGCUGCUAAUAUUGAUUAUAAGCCUUUUGCUUCUCAGUAUGACGCUUGCUUCAAAAAAUAUGUUAUGGAUACAGCAGAGCAGAAUGAAUAUAAAAAGGCCUCGAAUUUAACUCAUUUGGAUGAAAUUUUCGAAGAUCACUUCAAAGAAAUCAACUUUUCAACAUUGUGGAACUCUGUGCUUCAAUCAUUUGAUGUUGAGCAAUUCGAAUUUUUUGUUAAUAUUUUAGAGAAGGCAGUAAAAGCAGGUAAUGCCAAGCUUUCGGUAAGUUACAAUCAGCUAAUUGUAUUAUAUGACAAAAUUCGUGCAUUUUAUAGUACUCAAAAUGAUUCAGGAAAGAUUCAAGACUACGCAUUUUCAAUAUUCUUCAAAUUAUGCAAAUAUGCGUUACAGCUAGCUAUUGAAGCCCAAGAAGAUUGUAAAAUUAGUAAGUUGAGAGAACAGAUAAUCUAUCUAGCUGAAAGAAAUACCAAAAAUGACAAUGAUAAGUAUAAAGGUAAUUUGAGCAUUGUACAGUUGCUUGAAUAUAUCCUAAACGGUCCUACAAAGGAAAUAACGCCAUCAGAUCAAUAUAUUAUAAAAUGUCAGGUCCAGAAGAUAGUUGACGUAACGGAAUUCAUUUGGACUUCUACUGCAGCUAAACGUUUAGUUUUGAAUCAGAAAGAUCUGCAUGUAGCGAUUAUAAGAACUUUGUAUCAUCCCACAAUAUUGAAACUUGCACAAGAUGACACUGAACUAGCUGCUAUUCUUUCCGACUGUGGGUAUCAGUUCAUUGAGCAGUCCAUUUCUAGGAGGACUAUCUUGCCAUGUUUGACGAAGCAAAUUUCUUUAUUUAUGCAGAGUAAUUCAUUUUCAUUCGGUCUGGACUACAUGUGGUUAUCUAGACUGCUUGUUGCUGCAUUUUCCAGUAUCCAAGAAGGGAUAAGUGUGUUCAAACUAAAGCCUACUAUAGGCGAUUUAUUUGAUGCUAAUUUUACACAUGAAAAUGCCAAAAGUGGCAUAUAUGAGUAUGUCUAUGGACCCGAAGAGGUUUCAUCAAAAAUAAAUGUCAUUUGUGCAUUGCUAUUCUCCCCGACAAGUUUCAAGGCAGCAUUCGCAAAGCAGUUAUUGGAUUAUGACGAGAACUUGUUAGUUCCGAUAAAGAAGACUAACGGCAAAGAGGAACUUCAGAGAUUGGCAAAAUGGCAAUUAUUACUGUUAACAGUCUCUUCUUUAGACCCCACUGAACUGACCUUGACCACAAAAGAUAAGAUUUUUCCAAAUAUGGUGGAAGAGAGUUCGCCGUUAAUCAGGAUUUAUAUUGAAUGGGUUGUCGCCUACGUGGUUUAUCAAAAAGCCAAAGAUGGAUCAGAAUCUGCAGUUUAUGAUAUUUUGUUUACUAGUUUGCGGGAACAAAGUAAACCUGUGACCGUUGUCAGUAUCGAAAGAAUAUGCUUUCUCGUGUUAAGAUCACUGAAAUGUAAUAAGUAUGAAGGCAAGUUCUUGAAACGAUAUUUAGCAGGACUGUUACCUAACUGUGCAUCCAAUAAACCGUUGAUUAGACAUUUCUCCAAUUCUCUGUUACUGUCAUUGUGGCCAGAAUUUAAGGAUAUAAUCUCUGACAGCACACUUGCUGCUGUAAUUGAGAACAUGUAUGAUGAAGCAGUUAAGUCUCAGUUGAAAAGUCAAUAUAGGGCUGGAGAUGCUAAUUUCUGGGAUAUUUUUAAAGAUCUUAACUUAACCAACAUUUUCGGUGGUAUAAUUAUGAGGGUGUGUGAUCAUGUUGUUCCUUACAUUACAAAAGCUCAAUUCGAAAGGUACCUACCGGAACAAUCUGUAAUUCAAGUCGGCCAAGAUGAAUAUGAAAAAUGGCUUCCAAAGCGUGCCAAUGCUACAGCUAAGUCUAACAAUGUCGAUCAAAACAAUUCGCCGUUGCAGACAAAGAGUGGUGCAUGGGAUAUUAUUCUAGAUGGAGAAGAUAAAAAAUCCAGUGAGUCAAUUCAAAGGUCUGAACUUAUUGUUGUCGCUUCCCUAGUAGAUAAAGCACCAAAUUUGGGUGGUAUCUGCAGAUUAUGUGAUGUUUUAGGUGUAGGUUUAAUGACAGUUCAUGAUUUGAAGAUAAAACAAAAUCCGCAAUUCAAAAAUGUCACAGUUACUGCUGACAGGUGGAUGCCAAUGACUGAAGUGGCUGUGGAUGACAUUUCUCAUUUUAUGCAACAGAAAAAGUUAGAAGGAUACACUUUGAUCGGAUUGGAGCAAACUGAUAAAUCGAUCGAAUUAAACAAUAAGUUCCAUUUCGACAAAAAAUCAUUAAUAUUACUGGGAACAGAAGCUGAAGGUAUCCCGGGCCACUUAUUGGCUGAACUGGACAUGUGUUUAGAGAUCAAACAAUCCGGUGUGAUUAGAUCGAUGAACAUCCAGACUGCAUGUGCAGUUAUCGUCCAUUCAUACUCUGUGCAAUAUAUGUAA